GAUAGGACGUUGAAGUGCGUGCGCGCUACGGAUGGCCCGUUGGGACAAAGUAGUGGCGCUCGGUCUUUUCCUGGAGCUGAGCUCGGAAGGAGGCAGAGAUGCCUCGCUAUGCGCAGCUGGUUAUGGGUCCUGCGGGGAGUGGGAAGAGCACUUACUGUUCCACCAUGGUCCAGCACUGCGAAGAACUGAAUCGCUCGGUCCAGGUAGUGAACCUUGAUCCCGCUGCGGAACACUUUGACUAUGAUGUCAUGGCAGAUAUCCGGGAAUUAAUUGAAGUGGACGAUGUCAUGGAAGAUGAUUCUCUAAGAUUUGGCCCCAAUGGUGGCUUAGUAUUUUGCAUGGAAUACUUUGCAAGCAACUUUGACUGGCUGGAAGGAUGUCUUGGCCAUGUGGAAGACGAUUAUAUACUCUUUGAUUGCCCAGGUCAGAUUGAGCUCUACACGCACCUGCCAGUGAUGAAGCAACUUGUCGAACAGCUUCAGCAGUGGGAGUUCCGCGUCUGUGGCGUUUUUCUCGUUGAUUCUCAGUUUAUGGUAGAAUCCUUUAAGUUUAUUUCCGGAGCCAUGGCUGCCCUGAGUGCAAUGAUAUCGUUAGAGAUUCCCCAAGUCAAUGUCAUGACAAAGAUGGACUUGCUGAGCAAGAAGGCCAAAGCAGAAAUUGAAAAGUAUCUGGACCCUGACAUGUAUUCUACACUGGAAGAUUCUACAGAUUUGUUCAAAAGCAAACGGUUUAAGAAGCUAACUCAGGCUAUCUGUGGUUUGAUUGACGACUACAGCAUGGUCCGUUUUUUGCCAUUUGAUCGCUCCGAUGAGGAAAGCAUUAAUAUUGUACUGCAGCACAUAGACUUCUCCAUUCAAUAUGGGGAGGAUCUGGAGUUCAAAGAGCCAAAGGAAAAUGAGGAAGAUAAAUCAUCUGCUUUUGAUGAAUACUUCCAAGAUCAAGUGGACGAAUGAAGAUUUAAGGAUUUGUUUUGUAAAAAGAAAAAGGACUCUUCAGAUAUUUUCUAUGAAUUGUAUUUUGAAAACCACAAACUGCUUGAUAAAUCCUGGGCAGCAAUUGAAGUAGGGGCAUUUCCCCCCACUGCAAAGUGUUUUAAUAUGUGUAUGUGUGUGUAAUACAUUAAGUGUAUAUAAUGCCACUUCACACAGUUGUAUUAUUUGUAGAAAUUACUAGGCAAAGAAGGGGCAUCAUGAGAAAUAAAUUAUUGACACUCUGCAUUUCAUGUUUGCUUUCUGAGCUACAAAAAAGAUGGAGCAUUUUCAUUUUAGCCUUGUAACCAUUGAUGGUGGUAUUUACUUAAGCAACCGGAGCAAAUAUGUACAAAUAAAUUGGGAGUGUGUUUAAUCUGAACUGAACUGCGGUGUUGUGGUCCUGCUGC